CGAGCUGCGCGCGCACAAACCGAAAGGGCUAAUAUAUUAAUGUUAAUCAAGAAGACAAAAUAGAACAUGUGAAUUGAAAGCAAAAUAUUUGCAUGCGAUUUAAAAAAUAAUAUUAAUGAAAUGUGAUCAUCAAUGCAGUGCCAUGAAAACGAAAUGAUAUGGAGAAGAGCAAACCGGGGAUGAAGAGUAGGAGCCUCCGUUAGAGCAGCUCGGUUUCAGAACAGCAAUGAGAAUUGGAGCUGGAGAUGAGUGAAUACCUGGGCUUUGUUAAUUUGUUUUUAGUAACCAUUGGCGCCCAGGGCAGGUUGAGCGAUGCCUGGUUAAGUGGAAUAUAGUAGGUCAUAGGGGUUGAGAGGACACUCGAGUGUACAUUGGCGUGGUGCAAGGGCACUCACUUGCCCAGACCAUGUGUUUGGCAGAGUUUACGCACCAUGUGUUGCCUGCACACCUAUCAAAUCGGCGAGGAACCGCAACCAUCACCACCCGCCGUGGUCUUUUAAUGUGGAUGUUAUGUUCCUACUGGCCAUUUACAGUGGUGACCAGCCAGAACUUCAACCCGACUGUGAACACCCAGUUUGGGAAGCUGAGGGGCCUCCGGGUUGCGGUGCCAGGCGAGGUCCUUAAGCCCGUUGACCAGUACCUUGGGGUGCCGUACGCUGCCCCUCCCAUCGGGGAGAAGCGCUUCAUGCCCCCAGAGCAGCCCUCUUCCUGGUCAGGGAUCAAGAAUGCUACCCACUUCAUGCCCGUGUGCCCGCAGAACAUCCGCAACACAGUGCCUGAGAUCAUGAUGCCCAUAUGGUUCACCUAUAACCUGGACACAGUGGCCAACCUCAUUCAGGAUCAGAACGAGGACUGUUUGUAUUUAAACAUCUAUAUUCCAACAGAGGAUGGGGCCCACAGCAAGAGUCAAGGAGUGGAUUUCUCUCAUGGUGACAGUGAAGACAUUCGGAACACUGAGGCUAGGCCUGUGAUGGUCUACAUCCAUGGAGGAUCCUACAUGGAGGGGACAGGAAAUAUGAUCGAUGGGAGUGUGCUGGCCAGCUAUGGGAAUGUCAUCGUCAUCACUCUCAACUACAGGGUCGGAGUACUAGGGUUCCUCAGUACAGGUGACCAGGCAGCUAAAGGAAAUUAUGGACUCCUGGACCAGAUCCAAGCCCUGCGUUGGAUCAGCAAGAACAUUGGCUAUUUUGGAGGAGACCCUGGUCGCAUCACUGUCUUUGGAUCUGGGAUCGGAGCAUCCUGCGUCAGCCUGCUCACACUGUCCCAUCACUCUGAGGGCCUGUUCCACAGAGCCAUCAUCCAGAGUGGCUCAGCCCUGUCCAGCUGGGCCGUCAACUAUCAGCCUGUCAAGUACACCCGCAUGCUGGCCGAGAGGGUGGGCUGCAACGUGCUGGACACCCUGGACAUGGUGUCCUGCCUGCAGAAGAAGAGUGCCAGAGAGCUGGUGGAGCAGGAUAUCCAGCCAGCCCGCUACCACGUAGCCUUUGGCCCCGUCAUUGAUGGUGACGUCAUCCCUGAUGAUCCCGAGAUCCUGAUGGAGCAGGGCGAGUUCCUCAACUAUGACAUCAUGCUGGGCGUCAACCAGGGGGAAGGGCUGCGCUUUGUGGAGACUGUUGUGGACCUGGAGGACGGCGUAUCUGGCAGCGACUUUGAUUUUGCUGUGUCGGACUUUGUGGACAGCCUGUAUGGCUACCCGGAGGGGAAGGACACUCUGAGGGAGACCAUCAAGUUCAUGUACACGGACUGGGCCGACAGGGACAACCCGGAGACCAGGAGGAAGACAUUAGUUGCCCUGUUCACUGACCACCAGUGGGUGGAGCCCUCAGUGGUGACGGCUGACCUGCACGCCCGCUACGGCUCGCCCACAUACUUCUACGCCUUCUACCACCACUGCCAGAGCCUGAUGAAGCCUGUGUGGUCGGACUCGGCCCACGGGGACGAGGUGCCCUAUGUGUUUGGCAUCCCCAUGGUGGGAGCCACUGACCUGUUCCCGUGCAACUUCUCCAGGAAUGACAUCAUGCUCAGCGCUGUGGUCAUGACCUACUGGACUAACUUCGCUAAGAGUGGGGAUCCCAACAAGCCAGUUCCUCAGGACACCAAGUUCAUCCACACCAAGGCCAACCGCUUUGAGGAGGUGGCCUGGUCCAAGUACAACCCCCAUGACCAGCUGUACCUUCACAUCGGCCUGAAGCCUCGCAUCCGCGACCACUACCGCGCCACCAAGGUAGCUUUCUGGAAGCACCUGGUGCCCCACCUGUAUAACCUCCAUGACAUGUUCCAAUACACCUCCACCACCACCAAGGUCCCUCCCCAGGACACCACCAACUCCAACGGUAAGAGGACUGGCACCACCAAGCGUCCGCCUGUCUCCACGGCCCACAGCAGUAACGGGGAUGAGGAGGAAACGGGUCCUCUGAUUGUGGCUAACCCGAGAGAUUACUCCACUGAGCUGAGUGUCACCAUCGCUGUGGGCGCUUCACUGCUGUUCCUCAAUGUGCUGGCCUUUGCCGCGCUCUAUUACCGUAAGGACAAGCGCAGCCGACAGGAUGGCCACGGCAGCCCCCAUCAAGCCAGUCCCCAGCGACAGAGCAACGGCAACGAAGUGAGCCACACCACCACCACCAUCGACGAGAGCCUGUCCCAUCAGAUGACCCAGAGCAGCCAGAUGAACCAGUGUGACACCCUGCAUGACCUCCAUGAUCUCCACGACCUCCAUGACCUUCAUGACCUUCACGACCCCCUGCACCUCUCCACCAAUAUGGACUACACCAUGACCCUGCGCCGCUCACCAGACGACAUCCCCCUGAUGACACCCAACAAUAUCACCAUGAUCCCCAACUCCUUGAUGGGCCUUCCCAAUAUGCACCCCUACAGUACCUUCCCAGCUGGGUACAACUCCACAGGCCUGCCCCACUCCCACUCCACCACCCGGGUAUAGACCCAGCCUGGGACAGAUGACAUACAGACCACAGGGGACAGAGAUUGUAGAGGUGAGUUGAGGUGCGUGCUGUGCUGUACAGUAGUUUAGGAAUGAAUACAAAACAGUAGUUGGUAUGGGAUGCGUGGGUAAGAUACGUUUGAAUUUAUGUUCAUACUGCAAGAGCCAUACAAAGCUUUUUCUGCUCAAAGGGUGCAGAAUCGCCGCCAAUAUAAUACUACUGCAUCCUCUUCCUCACAGAAGGAGGUCUAUAAGCAGUGUCAUUUUCUUAUAAUCAUUUUCAAAAGCCUUUGUGAGCUGGUUAAAACGUGGGGAAAAAAAGCUUUUUAUUUCCCAUUCUUGUCUUUUGAGGGUAACAUUUAUCUGUUUCUUUCUUGUACAACCUCAGUAUAGUGUUUGUACAGUUGGAUUUGUACGGGAAGCUUUUUUCUUACUAUGAUAUCUGUUUUGAUUUUCAACAAUUCUUUGUGGAACAAUUAACAUCUGGACUCAUCCCUGACUGAAGGACAUUUGUAAAAAGCAGAAAAUCUGUGUUAUGAAGCUAUUUUAUACAUAUUCCUCAUGUUACUCACAACUUAAAAGGGUAUUUUUUACUUCCUGACUAAAGAAUGGCUUGUUACUGUAACAUUCUCUGCUUAGAGAAAUACUGUUACGGUGACUGUGAUGAAUUGAACCUUUACUACAACAUUGAUUACAAUUUGUAGUAAAAGUAUCACAUUUAUCCAAACAAUAUUUCUAUUUGAAUAUGCACAACGUGUGUGCGUUCGUGUGUGUGUGUGUGUGUGUGUGACUGUGUGCGCGUAUGUUUGUGAGCGUGUGCGUGUCUGCGCACACACAAAGUGCAAUGUACAAGUGUAAAUUGGUAAGACAUUUGUUUGACAUUUGUUUGAAGUAUUGGCUUUCAUCAUAUUAGUGUUGUACUCCGAUCUAUGGUCGUCUGUUUAAGUACCUUUGUUAUUUUUCAGUUAACUGUGUCUUCUUUUGCUAAACCCGUUCUGCGAAUGCGACUUCUGCUUUGUUAUAAACAGAGAAUAGCUUAAGAUGGCACCUACUCUAACCAACUGAUAUGAUUCCAUUGGCUUGGCUUGUUUGUACAGAAUAAACUUAGACCAGCAGUUUUUUUUAUUGUUAUUUGUUUAUAUGAAUAUAAAGGUAUUCAGUAAGAUAAUUAAGUAUAUCACAAUUGUAUGUACAAACUACCUGAAUCAAUCAGAUUUGAAAGAGUUUUGCUUAAAAUAUUGCAGAUUGAGCAAGCUGAGAUUCACCCAUAGGCUUCAUCCCAUUUACACAAAACCCAGAUUUUGCAGCAUAACACGUUUUGAAGCAUCACUCUGAAAGUUUCUUUUGAAUUCAAUGUGAACGCUUCACAGUAUUAUUCUGGGAGAACGCACAUCGCUCUGAGAAUUAUUGUCAUCUUGCUUUCUUUGAUACGAUCAUAGAACACAAUUGACUAAUACUACUGUUCAAUAUCAAUGGGCUGAUUAAAGAUUUUUUGGAACUGA